AUGGAAAACCAGACUUUAGGUGACGACAUCCUGCUCCUGGAGGGGUUAAACGUCUCCCCACAGUCCACUGUCCCUGCCUUCAUCCUCCUCCUCCUCAUCUACAUCUUUGCUAUGGUGUCAAACAUCAGUUUGGUUUCACUGAUCUUUCUGAGCAGGAAUCUCCACAAGCCCGUGUAUCUGUUCUACCUCAACAUGAGUGUUAAUGACAUCUUUGGGGCCUCGGCUGUCACACCUCACGUCCUCAGACAUGUUUUCACGCCACACUCAGAGCGCUAUAUUCAUUAUAUUGACUGUGUGGUUCAGGCCUUCUGCGUUACCCUUUAUGCGAACAUCAAUCACACUGCGCUCAUGAUCAUGGCCUUCGAUCGCUACGUAGCCAUCUGCAACCCACUGCGAUAUGCCACCAUCAUGACCAACAGGAUGGUGGUGAUGCUGUCGGUGGCGGCCUGGGGGGCAACCUUCAUUGCCGUAGCGAUCCUCCUGGGCCUCACCGUCCGCCUGUCGCACUGUAAGCAGUUUAUACCCAACCCCUUCUGUGACAACGCCUCCUUGUUCAUGCUGUCCUGUGAGAGCGUCCUCAUCAACAACAUCUACGGCCUCCUCUACACCGUGGUCAUUGUGGGCUCCUCCCUCAUCAGCGUCGCUCUCACCUACCUGAGGAUUGCCGCCGUGUGUCUGCGCAGUAAUAACAAGGCGCUGAACAGCAAAGCGCUGCAGACCUGCUCCACCCACCUGGCUGUGUAUGUCUUCCUGCUGGUGUCGAGCUUCGUUGUCGUCAUCCUUCACCGCUUCCCUCAGCUGGCAGACCAGAGGAAAGUAGUGGCUGUCCUGGCAUAUGUCAUCGUGCCGGCUCUGAACGCUGCUAUCUACGGGCUGCAGAUCAAAGUGGUCCAACAGAGGUUCAUGACUCUGCUCCGUAACAAUAAAGUGUCUCUAAUGGAUGUAAAUUAA